AUGACGAAUAAUAAACAAUAUCAGAACAAUGGUACGAGAAAUAAUGAAAGUUAUCGUCAAAAUGAAUGCACAAAUUCUACGAAUUCAAUGAAUUUGAACAACCAGUCCACUGAAUAUUAUGACCAUCAUACAGAUACACGUUAUAUCCAUCAUUCUAACAUUCAUAAUCGGAUUCCUCCGCCUGAUCCACAUACACUUCGUUCAGCUACUCCUCGUCGUGCAAGAAAUGAAUAUGAUGAUGAUGAUGAAUUUACUGUGAUAAAAUCCAAGAGGCGAAGAAACCAAAACAACAUUAAGAAUAACUGCCAUUAUGACUUAGUUCAAGAUGUACAACCUAAUGUUGUUGUUAAUAGUCCAACCACUACACAUCAACUUCAACAAAUGUCCCAACCAAUUGUACCGACUGUAUCUACUGAAGCCACGCGUUAUGCCCAGACACGUUUUCCAUUUAGUCCUUUCAUUAUUCGAUUUAAUAGUGGCAAUAUUAAAGAAUCACAUGCUGCUGAACAAAUUAUAAAACAUUUCUAUGACAAUGUAAAAAUCGACGUCAACAUUGCUAAUAUUCGCAAGUCCAUAGCAAAAUGUCAAGGUGAUGAUUAUGAUCUUCUUAUCUACGUGAAAGAUGUCGAUUCCUUCUCUGCUUUAUUUGGUAAACAAAAUUGGCCCCAACAAAUUGGAGGGCAAACAUUUACAUUUACAUCUAUGCCGUCAUUUCCACCACAGUUAUCUGUGAUUAUGAAAAAUGUUGAUCUUAGAGUGGAUUUAAAUGAAUUAUCAGAAGAAUUAAAUUCCUUAUAUCCGGAAAUUCAUAAUAUUAUCAGACUUAAAAAUAAAUAUCAAAACGAUAUCAAAAUGAUUAAAAUUGAAAUUCUUUCGUCUUCAAAGCGUGAUGCUUUAUUGAAGGACGGCAAAAUUAGAGUGUUAGGAAUGACAUUCGACAUUGAAGAAUAUUUAUGUCCAGCAACGGUCUUGAUAUGUAGCAAAUGUCAAGGAAUCGGUCAUUUUCGUCGUCAAUGCAAACAACAAAAUGAUACUUGUAAGACCUGUGGUACUAACUGUACUGAUAUUCGUCAACAUCGUUGUACUAGUAUUAUGCAUUGCAUUCACUGUAUGAAAAAUGAUCAUCCAUCGAACUCUUUAAAAUGUCCAAUUGUGAAGGAAUAUAGAUCACUAUUGACAAAGAAAUUGUUAUCAACUUCAACAAUGAAUAUAACCAAUAAGAACAAUUACAGUUAUGAACCCGCAGGCUUUCCUGCUCUUCCACAACCACAGUCGUCAACAGCACCGAUCUCUAUCAACAAUGCAACAUCAAACAAAAUUGAUGAAUUAAUUUUUAGCGUAGCUAAAAUGAAUGAUACAUUAGAUAGAAUUGAAAAAAAACAAAAAGAAUUUGAACUGUUCAUCGUAGAAAGCAAGAAGAAUGAUGACUAUCUAUUCGCUAAAGUAGAUGAAUUAAUGAUGAAUAAUAGAGAAGUGAAAGACAGAUCAGAUUCAAAUGAAAAAUUAAUUAAGAAACUGAUUUUACCUUCAUUAGAUUUACUAUCCCAAUUUCUCCAACAUAUUAAUUUAAAAGCAACUGGAAUUGAUGAUGCUGACUUCAAAUAUAAAAUUCAAACUGUACGUGCUCAAUUGGACAAUGCAUCGAAAGGUAAAAUAUUUUCAUGA